UGAAGAAUAUCUGCCAUCAAAACUAUCUUUCCUGUUUACAACUUUACUCGCCCUAACCAUACAUUGCAAAGCAUUUUGAGCAGUUUGAAAAUGCUUCUUCUUCUGAUUUGUUGGAUUAUUGCAGGGAUUACAGCAGAGGACCCACCAAUGAGGCACUACAGUGUGAAAAAUGGCUCCUUAUGUUUAAAAGUUGGAGGAUCGCCACCAUUUCAAGAUGUCAAGUGGAGUUUUACUGAUAAACUAAUUGUUUUCAAAGAAAACAUCACACCUAAAUACAAAGGCAAAGUGGAUUAUAAUUCAAGUCACCACUCCUUGUGUAUCAACAAACUCACUGAGACAGACAGUGGCGAAUAUAAAAUUGCAUAUAUUUCAUCAGACCCUGAUUCUCAUUUUGUUGAAUCAGUUGAAAUCCACAGAGUAAUUGUUGAAAAUACUGUUCCCAGACCUGUCAUGAGGAUGUCAGGACUGCACUCCAACCUGUCUGCUGGAUUCUGCAACAUCACAGUAAACUGCUCCAUCCAGGAUGACUGGGCAUUGUCUGUCUGUGACGAAGACAGUUGCAGAACAUCUCAGAGAUCAUUAUUCAGGAAGGUCAACAUCACCAUCUUCACUGACAACACAUCUAUUAUCUGCAGUGGCAACAACCACAUCAGCACAAGCAAUGUGUCUAAAAGCAUAGAGACAAUGUGCUUUAGAGAAUCUAACCCUGAGCAUGAAGAGGCAUCAGAACAGCCCACUGUGAUUGUAAUAGUAAUUAUUGCGUGUCUAUCCCUCUGUGCGUUUGCCGUGUUUGUCGCUAAGGGGAUUUUUUCAACAGAAUAUAAUCAUCAGACGGCGACAUCUACUGCUCCGAUAAUACAAAGCCAGCCAGUGGAGGCACAAUCUGUGCCUAGAGUCUCUACCUCUUCUUCCAGUCAAGCUGAGGCCUGUUAUGAAAACGUGGAUGCCACACAGCCCUGCCAGACCAGCAGCCCAACCAUCAGCCCAAGAGAUGAGUUGGGGUCCAAGCAAAGUCAGACAGUAGAUACUGUCUAUAGCUUUUUACAGGUACCAAACGUGACUUCCUCUCUAGGCAAGAUUGAUGGUAGUAAAGGACACAUGGAGGUACAAGAGGCAUCAACUUCACAGUAUUUCCCCCAGGAUGAGGCACAGCAAUCUGCGAAAAUUGACACAGUGUACAGUGUGUUGCAAAAGCCCAAAAAUCUAAAGUCACAGCACCACCAAUAGGUCAAACAAGAUUUUCAGAAGCCAAAGAGAUGACAUAAUGAGAAAGAAGCCUGUUAGACUCUGUAAAAGCCAGGAUGAUCAUAUGGACAUUCAUGCAGUAUUAACUUGAAACUGGAGGACACAUCUUUAUGGAUUAUGCAUGUAAUUAUUUUUCUUUCAUAAGAGAUAGAGGAGCUUAUUUUAUAUUUGUAUUUUAAAAAACAUGGCCAUUAUCUGUAUUUUCUUAAAUAAUACAAUUUAUUCACUUUCUGCUAUUUAUGUGCUGUGUUUCUUCGCAGGCAGAUUAACCAAAUCAACUUGAAAAAGAAUGGAAUUUCUAUCAUGCUUGCAGUUAGCAACUGAACUAAUUUGAACUUCUCCACCCACCACUAUAUCAACAUGUACAGUACCGUAUUAUCCACUGUUGUCAAUUGCAGCAGCAGUAAGCUGCAGACUGUCAGAUGAACAAUGAGAAGUUUGACACAAAUAUUUCAAACUCCAACAGGACUUAAUGACAAUGUUUCACAUUAGUAGUAUCAUUACUAGCUGUUUGCACUGCAAAACCAAGCAUUACAGUCUGGUUAUGAAAGCAGAACAUGUCCUUGUAUUUCAAAUAGAUAUUCCAAUAUGGCAUUCAUACAAAGCAGUGAACCAGAGCUUAAUGGGUCAUUAAAAUCUAAAAUUGGUCACUGUUUCCUUAAAACCUUAUUUGAACUUGGUAAAGUGUCUGUAGAGACUAUUGAUCAGUGUAAUAUGCUUAUUUGAAUGGUGGAUCUCUAAAGGAUUUGAGUUGAAUGUACAGUACAGGAGUUCUAUAUUGUCCAUGGGUCAACACAUACAGAACAAUAAAGGUGGAUGAGGAGACAUGAAUUGCACUCACUACAGAGAUCUUAAGUUUGUUUGAUUUGUAGAUGAGGAUGUUUAAUUGAGAAUGUUUUAUUGUUUGACUUGUUAGACCCCAGUCACUGUGCAGAAAAAAUAGAAAUGUCCAUAAAUGACCACAAGGUGGUGUCAAACUACCAUAAUUGAUACCUACACAACACAAGUACUCUACGGCUACUGUAGUUUUGUCCAAGAGUGCCAUAAAAAGGUGACUCAUGAGCCACAUUCUCUAAAAGCUUUAGUUCUUCAUGUCUAAUAACUUUUUAAAUUCCUCAUAUUCAUAGGCUUUUUUGACAGAUAAAAAUAUUAGCCCUAUCCUGUUUUGCUCAAUUGCCGGUGUUCAGUUCCUGGUAGCACUGUGUUCCAACAAAUUAUAUAUAAUAUAUAUGUAAAUAACUGUCCAAUGAGCUACAGGCCUCUCUGUACCACCUCUUUAAUAAAAACAAAUCACCUCAUCAUUUC